UUCAGUUCUCUCGCUGACGGGGAGAUUUGUCGGAGGAAGUUUGAUCAACGAAGAACACACAUAAUUAUAUUUAAAGGAUUCACUUAACGCCUUUUCGUGAAGGUGGAGGCAGUCGGAUCACACCAAUGGCGAUCUUUGCUUUAUUGACAGUUACUGCUAGUUUGCUGUCGUUGGUCGUCAAUGGGCAGCCAACGGCACACGCAAACUACACUGGACGUAUCGUCGGGGGCGAGGAAGCCAAGCCGGGAGAAUUUCCCUUCCAGGUUUUCCUCAGUAUCACAAAGUUCGGUACUCAGUUCCUAUGCGGAGGCGCCCUUUUAGACGAGUCGAGAGUCCUGACGGCGGCGCACUGUCUCGACGGCGUGGCAUCUCCUGAAGACAUCAUGGCUGUGGCUGGAGAGCAUAAUAUCGUGGAGGAGGAAGGGCCAGAGCAGGAGCGGGCGGUGGUGAAAAUAACUCCCCACGAGAGCUACCAAGGGGAUUCUAAGCUUGGCGCCGACCUUGCUGUGUUACAGGUCGCCCCGCCCUUCACACUGGGAGAGAGGGUUACAGUGGCUCCUCUGCCCGACGCAGGCUAUGACCCUCCGGCAGGAAGUACUUGCACGAUCUUGGGCUGGGGCACCACUGCAGAGAGUGGUUCGGUGUCUCCUGUACUCCUGAAAGCAACAUUGGAAGUGGAGAACCGUGACGUCUGUAAGGAAAUUAUCAGCAAUUCCAGACCUACGGCGGUUAUCGACUCCUCCGUUAUCUGUGCUGGGGGCGAUGGUGUCCACGAUACCUGUCAGGGAGACUCUGGGGGACCUCUAUUCUGUGACGGGGUCGUGGCUGGGGUCGUCUCCUGGGGUCUCGGCUGCGCUCACCUCGGUUUCCCAGGGGUCUAUACCAACGUUGCUCAUUGGCUGGGAUGGAUCAAUGAGCAUCGUCUCUAGGUCCUGAAUAUGAAUGGAGCGUAGUUCACGUGUUAAAUUCAUUCACGUUUGUGUUUGUGUGUGUGUUGUGGGAUUGCUGUUAUCGGGGAUUGCAAUAAAAAUGUAUAAAUGAU